UGAUUUCAUAAUAUUAUAUUCCGCUGAAACUUGAAAUAAAACUCCUAUACUUUAAGAGAAUAUCUAACUAUAAUGGUACUACUAAGAUUCACAAAGACAAAAACAUUUUGUAAAAACUGUUAGACUAGUUGUCAGGGUUUGUUUUGAUGUGCGUGGUAGGUUAGUUACCGAAGGAUGAAAGUCGACCGGUAUAUAAGCCCCCGCGCGAGCGGCGAGAAGCUUAUUUCGAGCCAGCCGACGAUGUCGGAGGUCGCGGACGGCUCGCCACUUGACGACAACAGUUUGGUCGAUAUGGACGCUUGCUAUGAAACCUUCGACAAGGAUGGAGACGGCAAACUGAAUCUCCAGGAGUUCCGCGUGAUCUGUAAAGCUCUCUUCCGAAAUGACAAGGGCCACAUCUAUCCACUCUCUGAGGAAAGGGCUCGGCAUAUCUUCCAGGUGUUCGACAAAAAUAGCGACGGGUUCAUUGACAAAGAGGAGUUUACGUUCUGCUGGAACCAUUGGAUCAAAGUGAUCGUGCGGCCGGUGAGCGCGUUUCUCGUGGUAGACGUACAGAAUGAUUUCAUCUCGGGGACGCUCAACAUCAGCAAGUGCAACGCACAGCAAGACGGUAGCGAGGUUGUAGAACCCAUAAACAGACUUCUGGAGACCAUUCCGUUCGACUGCGUGUUUUACUCCUUGGACUGGCAUCCGCCAGAUCACGUCUCCUUCAUUGAUAACGUCCAUCUACGAGAGCUCCACGUUUCUAGCCCUGUAUCAGCAGACAAAGCCGCGGCUCACGACACAGUGGUGUUCGCGGGGCCGCCGCCGAUGCGGCAGAAGCUGUGGCCGCGACACUGCGUCCAAGAUACAUGGGGUGCCGAACUGCAUCCUGAUCUGAAGGUGGUAGACGGAGCGGUGAAAGUAUACAAAGGCACGAACCCGGAGGUGGAUUCCUACUCCGUGUUCUGGGACAACAAGAAAUUGAGCGACACCACUCUGUCGCACGAAUUGCGAGCUCGUGGCGCUACAGACAUCUACAUCUGCGGGCUCGCCUAUGACGUGUGUGUCGGUGCGACAAUCGCAGACGCUCUCGCGAUUGGUUACCGCGCUAUCCUGAUAGACGACGCGUCCCGCGGCGUUGACCUCUCCGACAUCGAGAAAACUAAGAACACCAUCAUUAAUAAUAACGGCGUCAUCGUCAAUUCAGACCAGGUGGCAGCGAUGGUGGACGGUCGCGACCGGCGGCCCGAGCUCGGCUACAAGCUCGCCAUGGAGCUAAAGUCGGCGCUGCACGACCAGCCGCAACAAUGAACCACGCGCACCGCACAGACUCCACAAGUCCACACUGACCACACUACCACACCUAGUACACUUAUACUGCCCUAUUAUUUUUUAGGUUAUGUUUUGUCUGUUUAUUUUGCACUCUUUUGUUAUAGAAUAAAAUGCGUGCUUAGUGGUACUUAAACAUAACAUUAAUUGUCGCUUUAAAGCAGAUUCGAUCGUAAGUUCGAAUCGGAGAUCGAAUGUAGGUUCAGUAAAACAAAUCUGUAAAGAAACGAUUUGUACUUUUAGGUAUUAAAAAAAACGUAAACAUAAAAUUUGAAAAUUUUCAGGUAGUUUGUUGUUGUACAUUUGUUGGUUAACCAACUAAGUACAAAAUCAAGCGGAUCUGUCACUGAGCGGCCUGUUUUUAACGUCCUUAUUUGGUCGUGUAAUCUUUUCAUUUACCCUCGACUGGUUGGAGGAGUCUUUCGAGAGUAAACUGUGUUUACAUUUAUUUAUAUGCCUAAAGAUACAGACUAUAGUUAACACAAUAUUGGUGCAGAACUUUACCGACUUCUAGCCAGAACUUAUACAAAUAGUAAAAUAUUUUUACUAUAUUAUGUUCCUAUACGCAAAAUCCAGUAAUCUCAGUUUAGUACAUGACUAACUUAUUUAUUUUAUUGCUUAAGCUAUGCUCUAAUUUAUUUGUUUUUUCUAUGUUUUGUCCUUUUUUCGGUAAUGCGGUUUUAUUAUUAUUGUUUUGUUUAACAUAGUCAUAAUAAUUUUAUGAACAAGAAUUUAGAAUAAAUAUGGUAUAGGUAGGUACUUAAAACUUUAUGGUUGUAACACUUAUUUCCCUACAUUGUUUUUUUAUUUAUAUUGUGUUUACUUCUGUAGUUUUUUAAC